AAACAUGAUGUGAAGGCCUCAGCCAAGCAGCAGCUUGCAUUGAUCACUCGAGGGCUAGAUGAAGUCAUGGGAGAAGAGCGGAUGCUUGGAUUGUUGGAGAAGCGACCCAUAAAAAUUUACUGGGGCACAGCCACAACUGGCAAGCCUCAUGUGGCCUAUUUUGUACCCAUGACAAAAAUUGCAGAUUUUUUGUUAGCAGGUUGUGAGGUGGUUGUGUUGCUUGCUGAUCUUCAUGCAUAUUUAGACAAUAUGAAAGCACCAUGGGAGCUCAUCCAGCAUCGCACUCGCUACUACGAGGCUAUUAUCCGAGCUAUGAUGAGAGCCAUUGGUGUUCCACAGGAAAAGCUACGCUUUGUUCAAGGUACAUCAUUUGAACUGUCAGCUACCUACACAACUGACGUUUACCGCUUGUCAGCCAUGGUCACGGAACACGACGCCAAAAAAGCUGGAGCUGAGGUUGUGAAGCAAGUGUCUUCCCCUAUGCAAUCAGGUCUCCUCUAUCCCGGUCUCCAGGCUUUAGACGAGCAGUACCUGGGAGUGGAUGCUCAGUUCGGCGGUGUUGACCAGCGCAAAAUUUUCACAUAUGCUGAGAAAUACUUGCCCAAAUUAGGGUAUGCUAAAAGGUCUCACCUCAUGAAUCCAAUGGUUCCAGGUCUCACGGGAGGGAAGAUGUCAAGCUCUGAAGCUGACUCUAAAAUUGACCUGCUAGAUUCAAAAGAAGCUGUCGAAAGAAAACUAAUGAGCUCGGUUUGUUUACCUUCUGAACCAGAUAAUGGAGUUAUGGCGUUCGUGAAUUAUGUUGUCUUCCCUAUUCUUGAUAAUCAGAAAAAGCAGCUUGAACUCGGUGAUGGGUCCAAGUUCUCAUCGUUUGGUGAUUUGAAACAGCAGUUUGUUUCUGGAAAGGUUUCUGGAGAAGAGCUGAAGAAAAGUGUAGUUCUAUUCCUGAACAAUCUUCUGGAAUCCAUUCGGGCUGAAUUUAAACAACCUCAUCUGAAAGAUUUGACAGACCUUGCUUAUCCAGCAUCAAUCGAUCAUCCUAAGAACGCCUCACAGUUGCCAGGAGCAACUUCCAAGACUCCAAGCUCUUCUUCUAUGAGCAAAGAAACCAAACUAAAAACCGUUUCUCAACAAUUAUCUGAAAUGCCUAGUUUGGAUCUCGCUGAUCUUUUGGAUAAGAAAUGCCACGUUCUUUGGGAACUAGAUGUCACUGACCGGCCAAGUAUCAGCAUUCUGGGACACCUAGCAAAAAUCCGAGACUUCUUGAGUGUAGGUUGGACCGUGACGAUUGCCGUGCAUGAUAUUCAGUCCCACAUGGACGGAGGUACUUUACCUUGGGAUAUUGCUGUGCACCGAGCUAAUUUAUAUAUUGAGCUUAUCAAGUCUGCGUGUCGAAGCCACGGCAUUCCCACUGAUGAUAUCACAUUUGUAAGAGGCAGUGAUUACCAGCUUGAUGAGUCGUAUGUUCUCGACCUAUACAAGAUGUCUGCUAUGAUCACGUGUCAGGACUCCAAUGACGCCACAGCUGAUGUGUUGAGAGACCCUUCACUACUGUCUGGUCUCAUUUACCCGGAUAUGGUUACUCUCAAUGAAAAGCACCUGAAGGCUGACGUUCAUUACAUGCCAAUAAAAUACAAACCGCUCGGCGUUUUUGCGGAGAGACACCUUCACGUCGCAGAAGAUGUUAGUAAGAUUCACCUUUAUGGGCAUUCCAUGCCGUCUCUCAUCUGCAGGGCACCGCUCAAUCCCGAAGAGGAAUUCAUUGAACUUCUGGAACAAGAAGCCGUAUUGAAAAAGAAGAUUAAAUCCGCUUUCUGUGAAGAAGGUAAUGUAGAAUUGAACCCACUUUUGUCACUGGUUCAGCACAUCAUAAUGCCUAUCCUGGGUGAAGGCAGUUUCACAAUUUCAAGAUCGCUGGAGCAUGGAGGAAACUUGAAUUUUUCAUCCAUGGAUGAGCUUAAAGAAGCGUUUGCAUCCAAGAGCUUGCAUCCUGGUGAUUUAAAAUCGGCGGUGCAAGAAUACGUGAAACGGAUCACCGAUCCAAUCAAGAAACAAGCUGAGUCUCCUGCAUUCAAGAAACUUCUUAAUCUGGCUUACCCCCCUCCUCAAAAGAAAAAUAAAGCCCCGGAUGGGAAAUCUGCCAACAAACCCGACGAGUUUGAUCCUUCCCAAUUCAACAUGCUAGUGGGCAAAAUAGUCGACGUGUCCCGACAUUCUGAUGCAGAUUCUCUCUACGUGGAACAAAUCGACGUUGGUGAAGAGCAGCCUAGAACAAUAGUUAGCGGCCUUGUUAAAUAUGUCCCCAUCGAGGACAUGCGCGACAGAAUGGUCGUGGUUCUCGCCAACUUAAAACCCCAAGCCAUGAGAGGUGUGAAGAGCAGCGGCAUGGUUCUGUGCGCUUCAACUAGCGAUCCUGCCGCUGUUGAGCCUCUGCUACCUCCGGCAGAAAGUAAGGUCGGGGAAAGAGUCAUUGUAGAAGACCACGAAGGAGACGCCUCCCCUGUUCUUAACACCAAGAAAAGUGAUGCGCUCGCUAAAAUGCUUGAAGGAUUCAAGACCAAUGCGAGUUUACAAGCCACGUGGAAUGACUGUCUUUUUAGAACGUCGGCCGGACCCGUUACUGUCGCGACUCUUAGAAACGCCCCCAUCAAAUGAGUAUUAUUGACAUAUACAGGUAUUCGUGAAUCAUUUAGUGCUGUUUUAAUUAAGCAAAUUCUUUAAAAUAUUUGCUAAUUUUUAAACUUUGGGCAAUUGUUCUUAACCCAUUAAUCAUACAUUAAAGAAUUAUCCGAUAGAAGACAUCAUUACAAAUUUCUUUUCAUUUAUUGUAUUCUUUUCAAGAUUUUCAGCAGUUCUUGAAAUGUUAUUUCAAGUGCAUGUUUGGUUUGAUAUUUAUGUGUAGUGAGGUUUGCUUUUUGUUUGAGAUAUGAUUUUUCCCCGAUUAGUUUCUAUUUAUUCGAUGUGUUAAUUCGUGGUUUUGCAAGUGGACUGUUCUUAAUUUUAUUUGUUAACUUAUUUUCAUAGUAGUAGAUAUUGCCAUGAUACUUGGCACAUUCUAUUGAUUUAAGCGAAUUCUCUCCAUCAAUUUCUUUGCGGCUUGUUUGUCAUCUUUCAUUUCUUCAUGAAACUUUCCUGAGUUAAUCCUAACUAGCUGCAACCCAGAUCUUUUACUACUCCGGGUUCGAGGGUGUCCGUUUUUUUUAUACGAAGUUGUGGUUUAUGGCGUUUUGGAAUAAACUUUUCUACAGC